AGGCUUAUCCUACGCUCAGAUGGGUAGAACUCCAUGUUGCUCAAAGGAGGGAUUGAAUAGAGGAGCAUGGAGUGCUACUGAAGAUAAAAUACUAAGUGAUUACAUCAAGCUUCAUGGAGAGGGGAGAUGGAGAAACCUUCCCAAGAGAGCAGGUCUUAAACGAUGUGGGAAGAGUUGUAGACUACGUUGGUUGAAUUAUCUGAGGCCAGAUAUCAAGAGAGGCAACAUAUCAAAUGAAGAGGAAGAGCUGAUCAUCAGACUCCAUAGACUCCUUGGAAACAGAUGGUCUUUAAUUGCAGGAAGGCUUCCAGGGCGAACAGACAAUGAAAUAAAAAACUAUUGGAAUACAAAUUUAGGGAAGAAGGUCAAGGGCCAAUCAAUUCGAAUUGCCUAUGGCAAGCACUUGCAAAAAGCGCCUGAUGACAAACCAUCAGUUGAAGCUGCCCCGACUAAGAUCGGAUCCCAUGUCAUCCGAACUAAGGCAUUGAGGUGCACCAAGCUUUUCAUUGCUCCAUCACCACCGCAACCAAAGGCAGAAAUUUCAAACCAAGAUGCCAUUAAAGAAACUGCUAAGCUCAGAGACUCAUCGACCCUCGAAGCAAUGGAGUUGGAAUCAUUACAAGCCCCAUUAUGGACUACUCGAGAAGACGGUUCAUCAAAUUCUCUGAUGGAUUUCGAUGUAGGGGAUCUUAAUGUUUCCGAUCUUCUUAACACCGAUUUCUUGCAACUUUACUGCGACAAUCCACUCCAUGAUCAAGACAAUGCAACAGGUGGGGAUGGUAACAACGACAAAUUAUCGCAACGCUCCAAUCAACCGAUCAUGUUCAAUGAGGCAAUGCUGGAGGAUUGGAUGGUGGGUGAUUGUGUCCAACCCAAUAUCGCUUCGGAUCUCCAAUCCUUGACUUCUUUUCUCAAUUCAGAGGAGGAUUGGUUAAAACAAUAAUCGAAAUUAUCAUCUCCAAAAUAAGUUUACUGUGUAAACAUGUAUGUAUUAGCUCCAAAAGAAUAAUAUCAUAUUAACUACUUGUAUUGGU